AUGCAUUUAUAUGGGAAAUACAAAGGAAAAUUGUUGGUGGCCACAGCUCAAGAUAGAAAUGAUGAAUGUUCACCGAUUGCUUUUGCCAUCGUUGAAGGUGAAACCUUGGAAGCCUGGGACUAUUUCCUUGUUAAUAUACGUGCUCAUGUUACUGAGAUGUCAAACAUAUGCCUCAUCUCCGAUAAUCAUCGUAGCAUAAUAUCUGCUGUGGAGAAUAACCGUAAUUGGUUGCCACCAAACGCAUAUCACGUGUUUUGUAUUCGUCAUAUUGCCAGCAACUUCAAUCAAAAGUUUAGAAAUGAAGACUUGAAGCGGACAUUAAAGAAUUUAGGCUAUACUCCGGCAAUGGUUGACUUUGAAAGAGGGCUUGCCAGAUUUCGGGAAACUAGUCCUCAGAUUGCUGAGUGGAUUGAUGCCAUCCCUAAAGAAAAGUGGUCGCGUGCAUACGUUGUUGAACGACGUAGGUACAUGCAUAUGACAACUAACUUGGCAGAAUCUGUUAACACGGUGUUGAAAGGGGCCAGAAAUAUACCCAUAACUGCUUUAAUUAAGCACACAUACAGCAGAUUGGUUCAUUAUUUUGUUACGAGAGGUACAUCUGUAGAUAUAAGUAUUCGAAUACCUAAUCAAGUAUUUGAACACCACACGAAAAGUAUUCAAAUACUUACUGGGAAGAAGGUCUAUAACGGCUAUAAAUGA